AUGCAACCUGACUCCACGCUGUUAGCUUCGCCCUUCAAAACUACUGGUUCCUUGGGAGGAGACACUGCAGGGGACCAUGUCGCAGAGAGUCUGUUUUGGGAAGCUGGGCAUACAGGGGAAAUGGCAAUAGGAACGUCUUAUCCUAGAGGGUUAUAUGAUAUCCAUGAAUCUUCCGCUAUCCCUGACCAGUCUCUUAAUCCCUCCACACGUACAACUGGCAAGAGCUCAGUAGAUAUGAGUCCAUCGUCUCCGGGGAAGGAUGCUGCAGCCUCGUGGUCAGGCUUGUCUUCUCAGAUGACCACAGUUGUGUCCAGAGAGGCGAUCCCCAGUUACCCGUCGUCUAUUUCACAUUCCCUGGACGAUUUCUCUUACCCGUCACCAGCAGACACGGGCUCCAGUAUUGGUUCUCUUGCCCCUUUCACCUUUUCGCCAGCCACCAUGUCACAGCCAAACUCGUUCCUUCAACACUCUGCAGACGUCCCUGAACAACCUUUGAGCCAUUCCUCGCCCGGGCAAGGCGGCACACCAGACCAGGGGCAUCCUCAUUCGCAGUAUUCAUCUCCUGCCGAUGCCGUUAGUACCUAUGCCUUUUACCAGUCACAGAGUCCAUCAGAUCCUCACGAGGAUAUGUCCCCUCUUUUCAAAAGUCCACAGCUUUUUGCAUCAUCUAGUGGGGCCCAGGAUACCGACUCGAUGCCAGCGGGCGUGGCUAGUAGCACCGAGGAUUUCUUCAACAAAAUCAUGAAUAGCCCUGUAUUAUCUGAGAAUCGUCUGCAGGUCCAUGCCGGUGAGCCACUAGCCACUGGCGAUUUUAGGCCUUUGAGUAUGGGCCAUGAGGUUGAUGUGCCCGGGGGACUCUCGAGUGCAGAAAGGAAGUGGCAUGCUUAUCUCACCAGCGUUACAGAUAAUUAUGGUUUAGACUGUGGCCGUCCAGAUCUGGAUUUGAAUAAGAAUGACGACCAUUCAGCCAUUGACAUUAAUUACGCCCUGGAUUUAAUCAACUCACAAAGUGAAUCGUCUGCGACAUCUAGUGAUUCCUCGUCCGCGGAUUCGAAACAAAUUAGCUUGGAUGGUAGGAAGUUUGCUUAUUACGCAUCGCCUAUACCGAUCAACAUCCCGCGUUAUUUAUCGCCGUUGCCACCAACUCUAGUGCAAACGCCUAUCAACCUGAUGUAUUUCCAUCAUUUUAUCAACCAUACAGCGAGAAUGCUGGUUCCGCACGACUGUAGCGAUAAUCCUUUUGUUUCCGUUCUACCCUCAAUGGCUAUUGGGGAUUCGAACCUGCUGAAUCUUAUGUUAGCGUACUCUGCUAGUCACCGUGCGAGAUAUCUGGAGCAUCCAGAACCUUCUACUCGUAUCGCGCACUGGGUCAGCAAUGUCUUUCCGGCAUUACGCGUAGCACUGGAAGAUCCACAUGAGAAGGUCACUGACAACCAUCUUGCCACGGCCAUCAUGCUGCUUUCCCUGAAGAUCAUAUCACCCGGCACCUUCGAAAUGACGUAUCCAGGAAAUCGCAUUGGCCCAUUCCUCGCUCGCUGGUUAGGAUAUCUCGACAUUAUGGGAACCCUCUCGUGCCGACACACAGAACCACCCUUGUCUGAAUACUACUCUCUUAUUAGCACAUGCUGCUCAGUUGAGGGACUGGAUGAAUACUGUGUUGACUGUUUCUCCGGCUUUACGCCCCGAACGGGGCUGUUCUUGACUAGGCUGGGGAAAUUGGUACAUCAGUGUGACAACGAGCGAUUCGAUGAGAUGGGAAUAUGGAUUUCAGGUUGGAGGCCUUCGGCCGAUAUAAUUCUCCAAGCUCAAGAAUUAAUUAAUGAUCUUGACAUUCUCCGUACCCGCGCUCACGCUAGCUCAAGGCAUUUCCGGGAAUCUGGAGCUACAGAUAUCAUCGCUAGUGAUAAAGCGUUUUAUUAUGCAGGCUUAUUACACCUCCACCGACGCGUCUUAGGCACAUCUCCAUUUUCCACGCCAGUCAAGGAUGCUCUGGAUGGGCUUAGAGAGGCACUCGCACAGAUCAGAUUCGGGCCAUCCGCCGAGGUCGGAACCCUCUUUUGCUGGUUCACUGCGGGCUGUGAAGCCCAUGAUCCUGGGCAGAGGAUGGAGAUUCAGGAGCGAUUCGAAGUGCUAGAGAAAACUGGGAUGAAACAGAUCCAGCAUGCUCGCAAGCUAAUGCAGCGUUGCUGGGAUGAAAAAUUGCCAUGGAUUGCCUUGGCGCGAGGGGAGUUUCUUGGAUAG